AUGGAUAUAGCGCAGACCAUCCUUGAUGCACUAGCUGAACAAUCUCCCUUAAACUCAGGGGAGCUUGCUGAUUGCUUGAAUUUAAAUCAUCAAAUUGUUGUUGGUGGCAUUAAAAGUCUUCAGCAAAUUGAUGGGGUAUUCUCAAUAACAGAGUGUGUUCUCACUGAAGAGGGCAAAUAUGUCCAAGAGCAUGGAAGUCAUGAGUUUGUAGUGUAUUGCUCUGUUCCUGAUGAAGGCAUCUCAAUGGCAGAUCUUUUGAAAACUUCAAAAUAUGCUAAGGUUGGACUGAGCAAAGCACUAGCAGCCAAUUGGAUUUCUGUUACAAAGGAUGAAUCCAAUAAAUUGGUGAGACAUAUUUUUCCUCGUUACUCUUGUUUAGAAAAACUCCAAAAUUUAAGUAUUAAUGAGAAGAAUGACUUGAAGAAGCGAAAGUUGAUUUCCGAAAAAAAGACAACUGUGUACAUUGUUGAACGAGGUCCUAAUUUCACUACUCAGCGAGUUAAAGAAGAAACUGAUUUAACUUCGUCCAUGGUUCAGAGUGGAUCAUGGAAAGAUCUCAAGUUCAAGAAAUAUAACUUCAAAGCUCUUGGUGUUUUCCCUGGAGGUGGACAUUUGCAUCCACUAUUGAGGGUCCGUACUGAGUUCCGACGAAUUCUUAUGCAUAUGGGUUUCUCAGAGAUGCCGACGAACAAUUAUGUUGAGUCGAGCUUCUGGAACUUUGACAGUCUUUUCCAACCUCAGCAACAUCCAGCUCGUGAUGCGCAUGAUACCUUCUUCUUGUCUGAUCCCGCUUCAACGGAUCUAAUGGCUCAUAUUCCGCAAGACUAUUUGGAGCGAGUAAAGAAGACUCAUGAAGUUGGUGGUUUUGGUUCGACUGGGUAUCGGUAUGAAUGGCAACUCUCCGAAUCUGCUAAGAACCUUCUGCGAACCCAUACAACUGCCGUUAGUGCACGAAUGCUCUAUCAACUUGCACAGCAGUUUAAACCUCAACGCUAUUUUAGUAUUGAUCGAGUCUUCCGAAAUGAGACUCUGGAUGCCACACACUUGGCUGAGUUCCAUCAGGUUGAAGGUGUGUUUGCUGAUUAUGGUCUGAAUUUGGGCCAUUUAAAGGCUGUGAUUCGAUCUUUCUUUGGUCAUCUGGGCCUGCGCCAACUCAAGUUCAAACCUGCCUACAAUCCCUACACGGAGCCUUCAAUGGAAAUCUUCUCUUUCCAUCCUGGCUUGAAGAAGUGGGUGGAAAUCGGAAACUCUGGAAUCUUCCGUCCUGAAAUGUUGCGUCCAAUGGGACUUCCCGAAGGUGUCCGUGUUAUCGCUUGGGGUCUCUCUCUUGAACGACCCACAAUGAUUCGCUACGGCUAUAAGAAUAUUCGUGACUUGAUGGGUCCGAAGGUGGAUUUGAGAAUGGUUUACGAUAGUCCUCUGUGCCGUCUGGAUAAAUUUUGA